AUGGCCUCAUCCUCCAAACCAUCGAGCUCUCUGCUCUACUGCUGUAUUGCGCACCGCACAACAAUCCUUGCUGAGCAUUCCUCUCCGGGAUCAUCCUCUACCGCAGCCUCCUCCCUGGCAUCUGUCAUUCUUCCGAAGAUCACCCACGACAAGUCCCAGAAGUUAACAUAUACCCAUGAACGACUAUUCGUGCAUUACAUUGCCGACUCGCCCUCCGGCGGGUCUGCGGAUGACCAAAGUGGCCGAACAGAGCCCAGCUCUUAUGCACCCUUAAGCUUUCUGGUCGUCGCAUCAGCCGAACAAGGCCGCCGUAUCCCAUUCGCCUAUCUCCUCGAGAUGAAGCGCAACUUCCUCUCCACAUACCCACCAUCUAGCACGGAUUACUCUGCCCUCCCCGCGUACGGCUGUGCGGCUUUCAACACGGAGCUUCGUUCUCUUCUCCAGACAUACAACACCGCCCCACCUGCCGAUUCCCUUGCCUCUGCCCGUCGUGAAAUUGACAGCGUCCGCGAUAUCAUGACAGAGAACAUUGAGCGGGUGCUAGAACGAGGCGAGCGCAUUGAUCUACUAGUUGAUAAGACUGAUAGAUUGGGUGGCAGUGCGCACGACUUCCGAAUCCGCAGUCGGGGACUGCGUCGACGUAUGUGGUGGAAGAAUGUGAAGCUCAUGGUUCUGCUGGCAGUUGUAGUGAUCUUCCUCUUAUACCUUUUCAUUGGAUUUGGGUGUGGUCUGCCAGCUUGGUCGAAGUGCACUGGUCAUUAG